GUGUUUGAGAUUAUUUGCGCAGGGCAAUUGUAUGCUGAUUGUGGAGUCCCUUUCCAUUGCGUAAUUUCUUGUAUUUAUAGCACCUCGCUCCUUGAAUCCCAUUCUGAUCUGGAUUGGGAGUCCUUAUCCCAUUUCACCUUCAACCCUAGUCCUACUGGGAUUCUGAAUUCUCCUCCUUUUGAGGCUUUAUCCCUUGCUGGUCGAGAAUCCUGAUUGCACCAGGAUUUCCUCGACCUUUCCUCACUUAUCUGGACUACUUUUAAGAUAGGAUCUCGACGACCCUGCCAGCUGGUCCGGGUUUCAUUAUUUGGCCCAUCGCAUGUCAUUACCUUGGGCCGAGCCCGUCUUGCUGCUCGGCCCAAUCCCAAUAUUUUGGGCCCAAACAUUGCCCCCUCGCUUCUGAGGUCGCCGGCUGUCACUCUUGGUCGGUUCUCGGCCUUGAAGAAGCGAAAACAUUUGUUGCUUUUUGGACCUUACUUCAUUAAUGACCAUUAUUCCUGCAUAUUUAUGAGACAUGAUUGCGCCUCCCUCGUUGCCCCCAACGCGUGGCCACGCGUCAAUUUUACGCCGUUCUUAAAAGCUUCAAUCAUGGGCCUCGAAAACUUGCACAAACUGAAUCGCCCUAUCUUUAUUAAUACAUUGAACCUGUCUCCGCACGCAAUCGUGCGUCCUGGAUUUUCGACUCCUCGAUUCCACUUUCGCAGGUUCCCAAAAAAAAUCCGAAAUGAUUGCAGACUUUCCCGGUCACAUUUCCCCCCAAUUUGAACCCACGCCUUUUGAAUUCCAGUGUCUUUUGAAAUUCAGACGUUUGAUCUUUCGUCUGAAAAGCCUAUAAAUACCCACACUUCACCUAAUCAUAUCUUACGCUUUCAGAAAUUCCCAAACUUGCACAUUUUAAUCACUCUUGCUUAUUCAACCCAAACCCUCUAGCUUUCCUUUCUGCAAUUUACCAGUUCUUCCAAAUUACACUAAUGGCUUCCUUCAUCGCAAAACUUUCCGAGGAGAUCAACAAGUGUAAGGAUUUCAUCGAUCGGAGCGCUAUCAAGACGCUGCGAUUUGAAGAGGACAUGGCCACCACCCACCAGAUUCUGGGUCCCCUCUUCAGAGACGCAGUGCCGUCGCCUAUCACUGACCUGCUCAAGGAGCAAUGCCUAACACCCCUGCUGCAGGGGUUCGAUUGGUCGAAGUGGACCCUGGCGCGGCCUCAAGGAGCUUGGCCCUCGACCACUACUGCUUGGGCCGCCUGGGUGGACCGAAUGAGGUCAUUCUUUGGCGAGGAGUGGAAAACCCUUGGUAUCUAUGAUGCCAUCCUGCUCUCGACCAUGGAGAUUACCAUGGACAAGGAACUGCUUAUGGCGGCCUUGACUCUUUGGUGUUCGGCCACCAACACUAUGGUCCUUCCAUUCGGCCCCCUCGGCCCAACGAUCCUCGAUAUUUCGGCAAUCCUUGGGACUUCUCCAUCCGGCCUCCCAAUCGAUGCCGCUCUUUCAGGAUGCCCCUCCAUCCUCGACCUGAAGGCGCUUUUCGACGAGCGGGCCGUCGAAACGCUCAGUCGGGGUGGCCGGGAGCCUUCGAAGGAAGAAGUUCACAAGCUCCACAAAAACUUCUUUAAUUAUAAUACUCUCAUCCUCCAUUUCGCCGGCCGGGGCGAGGAGAGUCUCAGGAAGGGGGAACAUGAAGCCUUCCUCUUCUACUGGUAUAACAAGUUUAUUUGUUGUACCAGAUCGAACAAAUGUUUGGUCGAGAAUAUGCCGGUGGCCCAGGCUCUGGCUAGUGGUCACCUUCUGGCGCUCAGCCCGGCUAUUCUUGCCAACCUUUUUCGUUGCUUGGCCGAGACGACCAUCAACAAGAUUGAUCCGCACCAGAAUGGGCCCCUCUGGGUCUUUCAACUCUGGCUGCAGGUCUACUUCUCCACUCUUCGGCCUGAAGUCCCUACCUUCCAGCGCUCGGCCGCCCUUGGCCCCCAACUGGCAUCUCGACCGGCCCCUCCUCACCGGGCCGACGAGGUUCUGAAGCAUUUUUUUGGCCUCGACGUCCUUUCGGAUGACGAGUUCUUGGUGUGCCGGCACCAGGAAUACCCUGCCUCGAUCAGGCUCCCGACGGCAGCCUGGGCCGAGAUCGAGGACGCGGGCCUCCGACAGUCUUGGGGGUCAAUCGUACUGGCUCGCGACCUUCCCCUGGGUUGCGACGCCCGCCGAGCCAGCUGGGAGGUCUACCAUCCUCACUUCGUCGCCCGGCAACUCGGCUACCUCCAAGGUUGCCCGGUUCCUCUGCUCGCUUCCCGUUCCCUCUUGAGCCGGGGGCGCCUUUCUGGUUCUUCCGAGAGGGAAUGCCGGUCGACGGAGCAAGAAUUCCAGGAUCGGUGUAAGAAGUUCCGUCUUCGCCCAACCGUUCCGGAAUCCUUGGGCACCGAUACCUUUGGGGAUUGGUGGGAUGCGUACAUCUGCGACUUCUUCGGCGCCUCAAUCGAAGACGUGGUGAGCAAAGUCUUUGGCGACCGGCCGGGACUAGCACCCUCGACCCAACCUAAGGAGUCGGCUCAAGGGGGUCGUGGGUCGAAGAAGGCCGAAGUGGUUGCCGCGGCGGCGAGAGUGAAGAAGGUGGUGCCCAAGAAAACCAUCGCCACUGAGCGGACAGCACCCUCCAAACGCCUCCACCGAGAGGCCGAGCCGGCGGUUGAUGUCCUUCGCCCUUCUAAACGCGUCAAAAAAUUGGCGAAGAAGGGCGACCGGGAGAUCCAUGUCGUCCCCAGUGAUGCUACUGGGACGCCUGCCUCUGACGGCUCUCCUGUGCCGGCUACCCCGGCCUCUCCACUCCCGAUCCCUCCAGCCGUUCCCCUUCCUGGCGCCACGGCCGAUCCAAUCGUCGCACCAUCUCCAGCUUCGGAGCCGGUCGUGGCGCCUGCAAUGGCCAAACCGGCUGCGCCCGUCGAUGCACCCUCGACUCCCACGGUCGUUUUGGAGGAUGACGAGAGCGUGAGUAACGAAGUUCCGCUGGAACGCCACCGUCGACCAGUUCAUUCUCCUCCCGUCCAUUCUCCUCCGGUCGUCGAGGCGACCGCUAGACCACGUCCUUCCGCGGCAGAUCGUGGUAAGAGGCCCAUGGCCGAUCCUGAGGCCACGGCCGAAACGCCGAUCCAUCCGCAGGACGAAGACCUUCCCAUUCCUCCACAGGAAGUCUCUUCGGCCUAUCCGUCGUGGGAAGUAGAGCUUGACGCCCUUCUUCAGAGCACGACCGGUGAGGCUGGUUCUUCUGCUGCUCCAGCCGAAUCGGCGGGAACUACGCCUGCCGAGGUCUUCGUGAAGCUGCACGAAGUCUUGUCUCUGACUGCCUCCCAAGCUCUCCGGUGCAAAGGCCUCGACUCCGUUGGAGAGUGUCUAAAUGACCUCGCCAGCGGUGGUCAUCUAAGCCCGGAGGGUAUCUCUUUUCUGACCGACCUCCUGGAGCGGACUCGGCAACACUUCUAUGUCCUCGAGCGAGCCCUUCAAGCCGAGGAUGACUUGAAGGCUGCCAAGGUCGCGCAAGAGGCCGGCCGAGCUGAGAUGGAGGCAAUCAAAGCUAAGAAGGCGACGCUGACUGAGUUUGAUCGCCAGAUAUUUGAACUCCAACGUCAAAUCUCUGACCUUCAACGACAGAGGUCAGUUGCCGCCGCCGAGCUCGAGAAGGACUUCGAGGCUAGGAAAGCUCGGCUGACGGCCUUCGCUGCCGGUGCACGGCACGUCCAGCAGUUGCAGUGCAACAAGAAAACCAGGCAGGCCGAGAUCAUUCUGGGCGAAGCGAAGUGGCUAGAGCUAAAAGCUGCCCUUGAGACUUAUCUCCCCCCGUCCCCUUAGAAAUCUCAUUGUAUUGUAUUUU